CCUCCACCCUCUCUCAGGACUCCGCCCCGCCUUAAAAAGAAAAAGAAAAGUAAAAAUGAUGCAACGUCGCAUGCUCUCGAAAGAAGACGAAGUCUCCGCAGCAGGAGAAGAGAAUGAAGUCCGUCGCGAAGACCAGGAGAAGAUUAACCGGUUCAGCCGUCUUCAUCAGCGCGAAACGCUGCUCGAGGAGCAGUUGAAGGCUAAGCAGAAAGAUAAAGAAGAUCUCGAGGAGAUUUCUAUGGAAUUGGAACUUGCCGAUGAGGACGAAUUGGUGCCGUACAAAAUUGGGGACUCCUUCUUUCAACUACCUCUUGCUGAUGCCCAGUCUCUCCUUUCUUCAUCGACGGACCAGAUUGACACCGAGGUGUCGGGGCUGGAGGAGAAGUUGAGUGAUCUGCGCGAGGAGUUGCAGCAGCUGAAGGUGGCCCUGUACGCGCGUUUUGGACGGAGUAUUAAUCUGGAGGUUUAAUCUGUGGUCACACUAAUGCUAGGGGCUUGGAAUUGGGAAGUAUCAUGUUAAUAAACAAACAAAUUCAUGAUGGCACUGUAUAUGAAACAAAAGUCUAUAUUCUAAAAAGACAAAUAUCAAUACUACAGCGAUGAAACGCAUGUUGGUGGUAUGCUCAAUGUAAUCAAAUGUAUCGUAUGGAUAUCAAGGAUUUGGUCGUAAGACAUAUCUCGUUUCACAUGGACCUCGGAUCAUCAUCUAGAACAAAUAA